CAUCAUCAUCAUCAUCUCCGGAGAUGACGCCCGUGGCGCCGCCCGCGGAGAAGCUGGACGGGGAGGAGUGGAUUGACCUGGCCGGGGCGGCAUCGGCCCAUGCGGAGGGUGGCGAAGGUGGCGCCGAAACCUUGGACGAUGAUGGCGGCGGCGAUGAUGCCAAGAAGACGCUGGCCGCUAGCGAUGAAGGCACAGCGCCGGUCGAGCGAGAAGAACCGGAACCAACAACACCGCCAUCUCCGGAGAAGCAGCAGCUUGGCGACGACGGCAGUAGUAGUAGCGGUGAAGAUGGUCCGGGCGGCAUCUCGUUGGUGGGGGACUUUGGAUGCGGAAAUAAUAUCCUCGUUGCUCCCGCUGGUGCUACUGCUGCUGCUUCUGCUGCUGGCGACAGCGGUAGUGGGCCAAGCAGCAUCUCGUUGAAGGGGGACUUCGGAUACGGGGAAAAUGUGGUGGUUGCUCCCACUAGUGGUGGUGCUGCUGCUGCUUCUGCUGUUGGCGAUAGUGGUAGUGGGCCAAGCAGCAUCUCGUUGCUGGAGGGCCUGGGGUAUGGGAACGACGUCGCCGUUGCCCCCACUGGUGCUACUGCUGCUGCUUCUGCUGCUGGCGAUAGUGGUAGUGGGCCAAGCAGCAUCUCGUUGCUGGAGGGUUUGGGGUACGGGAACGACGUCGCCGUUGCCCCCGUUGCUGCUGCUGCUGCUACUGCUGGCGACAGCAGCGGCGAUGAAGGUCCAAGCAGUGUCUUGCUGAUGGGGGACCUCGGGCACGAGAACGACAUCGCGGUUGCUCCCAUUGCCGCUGCUGCUGCUGCUGCUGCUGCUGCUGCUGCAGGACAGGAAUCGACCCUUGUGGCGGAAGUGGGCGAACCGGAAGCCUCACUGGGAGCCAGCUUCUCCGACACGGGUCCAGCUACGGCACAAUCCCCCGAUGUGGACGGCGAUCUCCUGGCCACGCCCGCCGCCGACGCGGGUGCGGCGGCCAAGCCGUUGCUUGGCGCAGUAGCGGCCUCCCCGCCUCUCGCCGAGAAGCCCGACGACACGCCUCACGAAGAGGCCCGGCGAAGAGGCCCGGACCCAGCCGGCUUGGUCACCGCACCACCGCCACCACCGCAGACACCUCAAGAUAAAGCGCCGGGGGCGGGGAAGCAGGAUGGUGUCACCGAAACAGCCGGGUCGGCGGUGGCGGCAGCAAAAGGGACAGAUGCGCUGGAGACCGCAGCGGCGUCGGCAGCAGCAGCGGCGAAGACGGCUGGAGAAGAGGCAGAGCUGGCGCCGUUGUCCGCUGGGGGAGGGCAGCUGCCAGCGGCGACCGCUGUGUCGGAGCGGGAUGCCGACUCGGCGGAGGGGGGUGUCACCGAGCCCGAUGACCCCGAUUGGGGAGACUUCGGAGAUUCGACGGGUGCCGUGGAAGCAGCGGAAAGGGCUGCGGUUGACGGGUCCAGCGAGGCGGAGAAAAAGGAGGGGCUGCAGGAGACGAAGCGACAGCAGGAGGAGGCAGGGGAGCGAGACGAAUGGCUGGCGUUCGAUGCCCCUACGGCUCCGUCUUCACGAGAAGCUCAUCAGGAGGUGGACUCCCCCACGGCCGGUGACGCUCCGGCCGCCGAGCCUACCGCCUCAGUGUCAAGCGUGGGGGAGGAAGCGAAAGAUGGCCACGCAGAGACGUCGUCGACACCGCCUGCACAGGUGGAAGAAAUAGACCAAUCAGGGUCCUCUGAUUCGGGGCAAGCUGCGGACGACAGACCGGCAAGCGUUUCUCCUGGCGUGGCAGCGGUGAUGAUGUCGGACGGAGAGGAGUGGGGGGCUUUCGAGGAGGUAGAGCCGCCUAGCAGCGAAAAGGCUCCGGCGGGGGAGACGGCUGGGCGUGCCGACAACAACACCAAUGGCGGCAAAACGCAAUUCGGUGGAAAACCUCCUUCAGGUGGGAACAUGCCUUCUGAUGGGGAGACGCCUUCCGAUGAGACAACGCCGGCGGGUGGGGAAGCUCCUUCCGAUGGAAAAAUGCCUUUCGUUGGAAAACCACCUAUCGAGGACGAUGAGAAAGAGCCGCCUCCUGCCCUUCCAGAGCUCGGAGCGGAGGCGCAGAGUAGCAGCGGCUGGGGAGCGUUUGAUGAGGCGCCUCCACCACCGCCGCCGCCGCCGCUGCAGUCAACCGCCGCCGACAUCGCGGGAGCGGAUGCCGGGGCGCAACCGAUGGGUGGGCCGACGAUAGAAGCGGACAAAAUAUCGGCGGCGGCCGCCACGAAGGAUCUUUUGGAAACCGCGCGAGCAUGCGGAGCGACAACGUCAACUGCAACAACCGCACCACCGGCUGAGGACCAAGAUGGAGGCCAGGUCGGCGUCGAGGGCGGGGUAGCGGCCGGGGUCGGCGCGGGAGCGGAGACGACGGCGGCGGCGGACGGCGGUGACAAUCAGGAGCCGGAGAGUGAAGACGACUGGGGCAGCGACUUUGGCGACUUUGAGGAAGCGCCGACGCCGGAAGAGGAGGCGGGACCACCCGAGGCUAGCGCAGCGAUCACGCCGCCGCCGCCGCCGCCGCCGCCGCCGCCGGGGGGGGCGGCGGCGGCGGGGGCGGGGGCGGGGACCCCGUGUGUUGCCGCUCCCCCGACACCGCCGCCCAAAAGCCCUGCGCCGGCCGUUGGCGUGCGGGCGAAGGAGAGCGCGGCGGCGGCCGCGGGGGGUGGAAGCGGUGGUACGAAGGCGGCGGCGAGUGCGAUGUCAGCGUACGUGAGCGGGGCGGCGGGGGCAACGGGCGAGAGACCCUCGUUGCUGGCGGUUAUGGUGACCGUGUUUGACGAGGCCUUCGACAGCGGGGGCUCCGCGGAAUCAAGUACUUCAAUGGGGAUUGUUAUGCGAGGGGCUCCGUCGUUGGGCGGUGGCGCGAAGGGGGAGGAGGGCCCACUUGACUCUCGGGUCGAUCUGGCGCCCUUGAUGCGCCACGCACAUCCCUACCGAAGCCGGGCGCCUGUCCGGCUGCACCACUGGGCGGCUCAAUGCAUCCUGAGGGGCAUCCGCCCGGUGCCAGACGCGUUGCGGUUGGGGGACGCCGACGACGCCGACGGCUUCGACCACCGCGGCAGGCGUUCGAGCGGGCGUGGCAAUUUCACCACUGGGGCGCGAGGAGGAACGUUGGCACCAUUGACCCCGUCGCGGCCUCGCUCGCCGCCGCCUCCUCCGUCUGCAGACCACUCGCCGGCGACAGCGGGGGCGACGCGGCCGGCAUCAUCAUUGCCCCCCCCACCCGUGCCUCUGUCGCCCCCAAGAGCGGCAACAACGGCGAGGUCUCGUGUUGUGUCGCCGUCGAGAGCCCCAGAAGCGGUCUUUUCCAGGCCGAGCGCGACGGCGGCGGCGACGGGUGGCCCGCGGGUGGUUUCCCCGUCGUCGUCCCCCCCCCCGGUGCCGCCGAACUUGAGCACGGCCGCGGGAGCAAGCAGGCCGGCGGCAACCCCGAAGGAAGGUCCCAGCAGUGAUGCCGUGGCGGUGGCGGAUCAGGCGUUAGCCAAGAGCGUGGAAAGGCCGGUGACGGCGGCGGCGGCGGCGGUGGCGGUGGAACCCGCCCAGGCAGCUUUCGCGUCGUUCCCAGCGCCGACGACGCCUUCGGGCGACCCGCCGACCUUCGACGGCGAAGACGACGACUUCGUCUGUGGGGAAGCGGCCGCGGCGCCGACGCCCGAGAUGCCUCGACAUCCCCCUCCGCGGGUGCCCCUGACCCCGCCCGCGGCAGGCGGAGCGAGUGGCACGGACAUCGCUCACGACGGCGUAGGUGAUGGCGCGCCACCGCCUUCUACCGAUGGUGGGGAUGGUAAUGGCGGAGGUGUUGAUGAUGGAGACGGCGGUGGCGGCGGCGACGGCGGCGAUUGGAGCGAUGACGCCUUCGAAUCCUUCCAGUCGCCACCGCCUCCUCCCGACGAUGGAGGUGACGGUGGUAUUGCUGCUAGCGGAGAUGCAGACGACGGCGACUGGAGCGAUGACCCGUUCGACACCUUCCAGUCGGCGCCGCCGGCCGCCCCUACACCUCUCGCGAGCCCGCCCCCGGCGCCGCAGCCAACGCUGUUGGAGCCAACCCGCCCCGCUGCCGCCACUGCCGCUGAGAGGUCGCCGUCCUUGGCGCUCCCCCCCCCGACGGAAACAUCGUCGUGGAACCUGGACUUUCUGAUGGGGGCACCGGCGAAGGGGGGCGGUGGCGCUGGCGGUGGGAGCGAGGGUCGUCUGUUGCCUUUGCCUGGGGGCGCCGGAGGGGUGUCUCCCGUGGGAGGAGGGGAGGUGCGGUCUGGCAAGCCGUUGGACCUGGUCAGCCAAGCUCUGGCCGGCUUCGGCAUAGCCAGCACCACGGCGCCAGGCCUCUCACAGCAUCCCAGGGAAGGCGACGGGGGUGACGGCGAAUCAUUGAAGGCCUUCUCGGGCGGGGGGGCUCUUGUUGCUAGAAGUGGUAGUGGUGGUGACCGUGAACACCCCGUACGGGAAUCUGACAGCGGCGGUGGCGGCGGCGGCGGCGGCGGUGGGGGAGAGAGGGGGCGCGUCGGGAGCGCGGAGGUCUCGGACUUGCUUCGCGCCGCUAGGUCAAGAGGGCGCAGGAGGCGAUCGUCGCGGCCCAUGGAGCUGCUGUCUGUCGAGGCCCGGGCGAGACUUGCACGCUUGCCGGACUUGUCAUACAUGCUGUCCCAGAGGAUACGGUUUCCCAUGCAGGCGGCCGCGCCGGUGACGGCGGCUGCCACCGGGGAAGCUUGCUUUAGGGACUGAAAUAUUGUUGGUGUUGUGUUGUUGUCCUCCUCGUAUUGCGGCAUGGCAAUAAUUAUUGACAGUAGCUUACAGCAGUAUUGUCCGCUUGACCGUUGGGGAAGCUUUGCUUUAUGGGGUCCGUGUGUCGCAUGACAAAACAUGAAAGCAGUAACUUAUUAAUAUUUGUUGUUCUGCGUCCCUGGUGAGAAUGCAUUGCGUUAGGGAUUCGUUAUUAGCGUCGCAAUAAGAAUACGUCCUCUGUGUCGGCGUACAAGGCCGAUACGGAUGCAUGUACCGCAAUGUAAGCCCGGUAGGCGCUUACGAGUGUCAGUGGGUGUUCGUGGUGUGAAACGACCGUUCUUGCCAACAUUGUUGAACCGGUUUCCGCUGAGGGGGUGAGAGUGACGCGGACUGAAGACGGGAAAAGAAUUGCAUGAGAGGCAUGGGAGCACGCUACAGUUUCAAGUGAAGCGCGAGUACUGCUCUGUCCGAGCUCUAUAGAACUAAAUACUUCCCGACACGCAGCACAGCGAGAGCCCCAGAGAAAGCCUGCGGCUGAAGGAUGAUUUGUGUGUUUGCGUGAAGAUCCCUUAAUUGUUCUACUCCAUGGUUUCAAGCCUCCCCAACGUGUUUCGAGGGCGAUCGAUUGUCCUUGAUAUUCAUUUGGUAGUAUCGCAACAAGCGUGCGGCCGCGCGGAUACCGACCGCAGCCCUAUGCCUGUCUUUGGCAUUGAUUGGUUGCGUGGUGUCAGAGCUGUGAGCCGUGGGGUGCCGUAGAUGCCUUCGUGUAUGUGGGAGGGUGAUAUUAGUGCGCCCGGCCGCUUGCGGAUCUCGGCCGUAGCAACCGGCGAAGCCCUCUUUUGGAGAUUGAUUUUGUGGCAUGGUAUUGCUUGUUGUGUGAGAUGUAAGCCGUAGGGCUGGCGGGGACGAGCUUGUGAGGGG